AAAAAAAAAAAAAAAAAAAAAAAAAAAAAAAAACGAAAGAAAGAGUUCCUGAAAGGAACUGGAAAAUCAAAAUCAAAUCAAUUACAGGUCUCAGAAUUAGAUCAUCUUCUUCUUCUUCUUCUUCUUCUUCUUCUUCUCUGUUUCGUUGUUCCGCCUCUGAUUUAGUCUUCCCAUCUGAUGCAGACUUCCAAUUCUUAACCGGAUCUUGUUCCCCUAAUUUCUCCGAUCACGGCAUUGAUCUUCACGUUUAUUACCCUCAUCAAAACCCACUCCCUGCCGAUGAAUCCAAUUCCAAUUCAAACUCCAAUUCCGUCGAUCAACUCAUUCCGAUCCCGGAGUUAUCUCUCAUCCCAGAUUCCUGUUCUUCCCCAAAUGGGUUUCAAAAUCUCUCAAAUUUCGAUGUAAAAAACGAAGAAUCCCAUCUGGGUUUCAACCAACCCCCACUCUGUUUCGACCCAUCUGAUCAUAAUAAUAAUAACAACAACAAUAAUGCCGCCACCGUCGACAAAUCCCUGCUCCACAGAAGUCGCAUGGAGUCUCUUUUAAUGGAGUCCGUGUCACCAAAUUUCCCCAAUCAGUCCCUCCCCUGUUCAGAAUCAGAGUUUUUCUCCUCCCAAAUCCGUCGCGUUUUCAGCACCGGCGAUUUACAGAAUUCAAGCAUGGGACGCUCGAGGACAGGGUGCGGGCAAGGGUCGUUCUCGAGUCCAUUAUCAGAGAACGGAAGCUUAGAAGAGGGGAAUUUCAAAGUGGGACGGUACAGUGCAGAGGAGAGAAAAGAGAGGAUUUCAAAAUACAGAGCAAAACGAAGGCAGAGGAAUUUCAACAAGACGAUCAAGUAUGCUUGCCGGAAAACACUCGCCGACAACCGCCCCAGAAUACGUGGCAGAUUUGCUCGCAAUGACGAACCCGGAGACAGCUCCAAACCUUCUUCUUCAACCAGAGAAGAAGACGAAGAUGAUUUCUGGAUGGAACGGUUGCAUGCAGGGGAAGAAGUGUACGGACAAGUGCAGUUUCAGUAUUGUGAAUUUUGAUCGCAGCUGGAAGGAGAAGA